CAGGUACACCAUCGAUCGGCUCACGGACAUGGACCGAGUGUUCAACGUCCAUGCGGGGAACGGGUCGGUGUUCAUCCUCAGGGAGCUGGACCGGGAGGAGCACGCCUGGCACAACAUUUCUGUCAUCGCCACAGAGUUCAACAACGCGCGACAAAUAAGCCGAGUGCCCGUGUACGUCAGAGUGCUGGACAUCAACGACAACGCUCCAACCUUUGCCACCAAUUACGAGACGUUCGUGUGUGAAAACGCCAAGGCUAAUCAGAGGAUACAGACAGUGAGCGCCAUAGAUCCUGACGAGCCCCUCGGAGGACAUCGCUUUAUGUUCAGCCUAGCACCGGAGGCUGCGGGGAAGGCCAACUUCUCUGUCCGGGAUAACAAAGACAACACCGCAUGGAUCCUAACUCGGAGGAACAGCUACAACAGCCUCCAGAAGAGCAUCUACCACGUCCCCGUGGUCAUUUCUGAUGGGGAGUUCCCCAUGCAGAGCAGCACCAACACGCUCACCAUCAGGGUGUGCACCUGCGACCGCGAAGGCAACAUGAAGCAAUGCAACCCCGAGGCACUGACGGCAAGGGCGGGGCUUAGCACUGGAGCCCUGGUGGCCAUUUUACUCUGCGUCCUCAUUCUGCUCAUGAUUGUGGUGCUGUUUGCUGCCCUGAGGAGGCAGAGGAAGAAGGAGCCUCUGAUCAUCUCCAAAGAGGAUGUCAGGGACAAUGUUGUCAGCUACAACGACGAGGGGGGAGGAGAGGAGGACACCCAGGCCUUUGAUAUCGGCACGCUGCGCAACCCGGAGGCCAUCGAGGAGAGCAAACAGAGGAGGGACAUCAUCCCUGAGACGUUCUACCCUCCGGUGAGACGGCCUGUGUUGCCCCCGAGCCGGGACAAUAACGGGGACGUGAGAGACUUUAUCAACCAGAAGCUCCAAGAUAACGACAGCGACCCAACGGCGCCGCCUUACGAUUCCUUGGCGACCUACGCUUAUGAGGGAAAUGGCUCCGUAGCCGAGUCCCUCAGCUCGCUGGAGUCGGUGACCACCGAGGGGGACCAGGACUACAACUACCUGAGCGAGUGGGGGCCACGCUUUAAGAAACUGGCGGACAUGUACGGUGGGGAUGAGAGCGACAGGGAUUCCUAACGACCCUGGCACAGAGACAAGGAGAUAAAACAUGACGUUAAACUUUCCCGUCGGCCGUUCCGACGGAAACGUGGCGUGUUUGA